AUGGAGGUCGACCACGAACCAAAAAUGGUACCUUCUAUCAGUGAACUACUUGACCAAAACUCACGCCAACUGGAAGAGCUGCAAAAGCAGCUGUCCAAUGCGUCACAAGCAACUGUCGGCAAUGGCAUUAACACCAUCAGAGAAUAUGUUUACGCAAGGGAGCGUUACUCUGAACUAGUUUACGACUCCCUACAGCUCAGUCUCCAGGCAGUCACUCCGUCCAAAGAUCAGGCCUCCGCAAAAGAAAUUAUACGCGAAAUUGAAACAGCAAUCGCAUGGCACGUAAGGCAACUGUACUGCUUUCACUACAAGGGCAGGGAAGACGUUGUGUUGGAAGUCUGGACCCAGGGCGAUGAAGUAGACCUAGACAAAGCAUACUCGAACGCAAUCGACACCACUUUCCGGAAAGGACUUACCGGGGACUACGACCUUAUAGAAUUCCGGAAAGGUCUAAUCAUGGUUUACCAACCGGACGGUGGACAAGACUGGUCUGCUGGGCUUUGGUGCCCCAUCACCAAGCAAUACCACCGCUACGACGAAGUCACCGCAUUCCAAAUCGUCCCCUGCAUAAUCGGCCUUCAGCCCGAGGAAGCACACAACAACAUCUGGAGCCCCUCAAACGGGCUGCUGAUGACCAAGUCUCUCGAAACCGCGUUCAACAACAGACACCUUGCCAUCGUCCCAGACAGCAAGGACCAAGACGCCCUCAACGUCGUGGUAUUAACCACCAACGAGCAGCACCUGAACUACAAGGUAUGCGAGGAUGACGGCAAGCCCGUCUUACUCCGCGACCUCGACAACACCCGCCUCCAGUUCUUGACUCCCACUCGCCCUGCCAAGCGGCACUUGUACGCGCUGGCUCUGUACACCGUGUUCGCGCGCAGGCGCACUGCCGUCGACGGCUGGGAGACUGAUCGCGAUCGCGUUACUUCAGGCAAGUACUGGGGCCCUUCUGGGAGUCUGAUCCCGAAGAGCUCUGUCGUCAGCCUGGCAAAGGAAGUCGGCAAGAUCACAAACCUUGCAGAGAUUAGCUACUUGUUAUUGUGA